UAAUUUUUUUUUGGACAAGGAAAUCAUACGGAACAAAAGUCAGUAUAUUUCGGUGUGGCUCACGGUUAAACAUAGUCUCGCCCACGCUGCUCACGCGCCUCAGUCGUCGCUGGGUUGCCCAGUACCAUUUGCUUUCCCGACGCCUAUACACGCUCCAGGGUACCGAAAACAAAGCAAGAUGAGCCGUGUUGGAAGAACAAGGCGUACCCGCGUCUACGACUGCAACUACAACAAGGGCGAGAGCUACUACCGUCCCGUGCUUGACCGUUUGGACGGCAAAGCGCCUAUAGUUCGCGAACCCGAACGCGAAAGUAUUCGAGCUGAUGUCGACAACCGCAUCAAGAGCGCCCUGCACGACAUGGAAACACCCAACGAUGAACUGUUCGACUUCAGAGGUGCACGCGCCCAGCGCGGCAGACCUCUCUCUUCUGCCUUGGAAGACGAUGAAUUUAACGAAGACGUAAGUAUAAAACAUAGCCUAACGAAACCGUAA